AUGUGGACCACUGACACAUCAAUACUAACUCCACUUGAACAUCUGGACGCCUUUCCCCUCCAAAGAACCUCUGCCAGUUUUGGUCUGGAUCUUUGGCGGUGGCUACUACAGAUCCUCGCGGGGCGGGAGAAGGUCGUGGUGGUUUCGGUGCAGUACAGACUGGGCGCUCUGGGAUUCCUCUGUCUGCAACAGGCUAAGCAAAGCGAACAACGGUUGGCGGCCUGCAAUAUGGGCCUGCUGGAUCAACAGAUGGCGCUGAAGUGGGUGAGUAAGAACAUAGGGGCAUUCGGAGGUGACCCAAAAAGAGUGACACUUUUCGGAGAGUCGGCCGGCAGCGCAAGCGUCAGUUUACACUACCUCUCGCCGGAUUCCAGACCCCUCUUCUCCCAGAUGAUUAUGCAGAGUGCCAGCAUGUUCAACCGAUGGGCGCUAGUUGCAUCAGAUGUGGCCAACGAGCGAAGCGCUGCGUUUUCCAAAGCCUGUGGAUGUGAGGAGGAAUCAUUGGCGGAGCAGGUGGCAUGCCUUCAAAGACUCCAACCAGCUGAGCUCGUAGAUAAGGCUGGGGCAGUGUAUGCGGCAAGAGAAAAGAGACGUGGAGCUCGUUUGGCUGAAAUGUCGCCACCCGUGGAUGCCUCGAUGUACGCAGAUUCUGCGAUAUACGCCUCAUUUGAAUUUGCACCAACAGUUGACGGUCUCUUCCUGCCCGACUGUCCAGAAAACCUUCUUACUCAAAUGGCCCUUCAUCCGACGGGCUCUACACCACCCAGGUUGUUGAUAGGCACAAUGGCCAACGAGGGCAUGUACUGGCUCCUUUAUGGGCUUGGGUUGAAGAAUGUGCAAUUUCUCAGUGAAAAUGGCACAGUGUCCUUGCCAGAUGAAAUUACGUUUCAAGGCGCAAACUUUGAUAUAUACAGUCUACUGACAGCA